UUAAACUCGUUUUAUGUGUAAUUGAUAUCGUCCCCCGAAGAAAAAACAGCUGGAAAUGCAAUGUUUUGUGGCUGUGAAAUGAAAGUUACGGAGGAGUCCGUCGUUCAGGAUGGACUCUAAAACGCCCCCCUGACAUCAGAUCCACUUCACAGUACAGUAACGACUAGUUUAGUGCAGUCUAAGAUGGUGCUGCCUUUGUGAAGGAUAAAUGAAGCAUAAAGGUGUGAAGGAUGGGUGGUGCUGGUGUUAGCAGACAUGUUAGAAAGCCAGAUAAACUAGUUGUAGUAGGUGGUGAGGAAGUGUAGUCAGAAGAGCAACAGAAUUGGCUUAUUACCUUCGGUGUCGAGUUGAGGAAACCGUUAACAGUUGACAGCUAAUACGGCAGAUAAAGAUAAUUGACUGAUGGAGUACAGUGAGAGAGUGCUUUGUGGGACAGGGGAGGUGGAGCUGGACCCCAACAUUGUGAGUGAAGAGGCAGGAAAACUGUACUCAGAGCUACAGACCGUUAUUGAGACCCAUGGUGAAGGUGUGGUGGAGUCGCUGGUACCCAUCUUUGUGUGGGUCCUGGAGGGGCUGGCCAACUGCAAAGCCCAGCUGAGAGACAGGGAGGAGGAGGCGGAGAGAGAGAAAGCUGAGCGGGAAGAGCUGCUGGAGAGAUACCAAGCAGAGAAAGCCCUCAGGAAAGCAAGUCAAGAGAGGUAUCUGGAGCUGGAUGACCAAAUUGAACUAGACAGGAGAGCCUUGAGGGGGAGGGAAAAGGAGAGAGAGCGGCGAGGGAGAGAGCUAGAGAAGAAAGCAAGACAGCAAGCGGAUCAUUUGGUGGCCUUGGAGGACCAGAAGGCUAAUCUGAGUAGAGAACUGAGCACACUGAGGCAUACUCACAACAAGCUGGCUCACACAUAUUGGGAACUUUUGGAAAAGAGAAAGGAUUCUGAAAGAGAUUCUCCUUUAAGGAAUCAUGUGGGUCUCAAGAAUAAUGAUUUUCCAUCCAACCAAGUCUUGUCAGAAUCCAGUGUGAAGGAAAAGAUGAUACGAAGACCACAUUCACAGUCUGGUCCCCCCUGUUUGGAAGAUCUAGUAGCCAAGAAAGGAAAGGCAAUUAACAUUCCAGUAAACCCCGCCACCGAUACAUUUAUCAAUGACAUCAUAAGCUCCACUCCUGAGCUGAGGCUAUUUCAUGGCAGAGGAAUUGAAAGAUCAAACACCAAAAGGCCACCGAGAGAUGAGUCGGAGACCAGCGUGAAGGACGAGAUGAGGGAGGUGGAGGAGAGGGAGUGCAAAGUAGAAGAGGUGCAAGGAGGAGAGAGGCAGGAAAAAGACAUGAUGGAGGAGGAGGAGGUGGUGGAGGAAGAUGAUGAUAGUAUGGAGUGCAAGCUGCGCAACAAUGACUCUCUGUUCUCUGAGCUGUCAGACCUGAGCCUGGAUUACGUGGAGAGUGUGGACCGAGGGGCCAGAGUCAGAGGCAAUGCAGACCAGUUUGAGGAAAUUAUUUCUCAGUGUGAGGAACUGAAAGUCACCCAUGAGUUUGUAGACGCUGCCCGUAAGGCUUUGAUAUCUCGGGUCGUAGAGCUCACUGAUGACCGGUCCGCUCUUAAACUGGAGGUGACCUCUCUUCAGGAAACCGUCUCACGAUUAGAGGGCCGGGUGAAGGAGAAGGAGGAGGAAACUAAGAGACUUCGGAAAGAACUGGAAGCGUGCCAGUCUGAGGAUCCCGAUGCCUCUCUACCCGCAUCCAUGCGGAACUUCUCUCGUUCUGAAAUGGCUCGUGUGGUCAUGGAGAAGAACCAAUACAAGCAGCGUCUGUUUGAGCUGCAGGAAGCCGUAAGACGUAGUCAGACACUCAGAGCAACAAAAGAUGAGAGGUUAACAGAAGAGAAAAGGUCAAGUGUUUGGAGAAAGUUCAACCGCUUGUUUGGCCUGACCAAGGUACCUCUAAUCCCGCCUUCUGCAUUUGCCCUCCCAACUUCUCCAUCGCUCACUCGCUCUCCUCUGGGGUCUCCACAACUACCGGCUGUCAGUCACACUCAUGCCGAAUCUGCUUCUUCUGCUGCUCUCUCUCCUCGUGUCAGGAGGCGAGAACUCUACAGAGAAAUUCGCACCCACAUUUGGGAAUCGCUUGGAAAACGGCAGAUACACGGCUGGAGCACACCGCUGGCCAACACACAGGAAUCUGACGAACCUGUGCCAGAGCCUAAGGAAGUGCCUGUUCUAAUGCAGCUCAGACUGCUGGAUCAAAGAGACUCCACAGCUAAGCUGAACUGUGCGGUUGCAGUCACACCUGAGAUCUCAGGAGAGGCCACAUGUUCUGUGUGGGUAGUGUCUGGCCCUGCCUCCUGCAGUGAUAUUACAAUCAUUGAUCCAGCACGGUCUAACACAGUACUGGAUCAGUUCUGCCUCCCCCCCACAGCUCCUGCUCUCUGCAUCUGUGCUGUGCCUCCUGUAGGGGACACUGCGGGAACUGUGUGGAUCGGAACUCAGGAAGGAAGUAUACUGGUUCACUCAGCCUCUGCUAGCAAGAGGCGCUGCCUGCAGUCUGUUUCUCUCUCAGAAGGUGUUCAUUCACUCAAGUAUUCCCAGGACCAAGUCAUAGCUGGUUUAGCUGAUGGGACUUUAGCAUUUUUCUCACACAGUUCAGGUGGCUGGAAUCUGCAGUCACACUCGGUGAUGCCUCUCGGAUCAAACCCUUUGCAGCCCAUUCGCUGCUGCCUUGCAAAAGGUGGCCGCUUGUGGGUGGGAUAUUGGAACAAAGUCCAUGUGGUUGACGUUGUCAGCAAGAAGGUUGAGCAAACAUUCUCAGUCUCUGAACGCAGUGAGCAGCAGGUCCGUUUCCUGUGUGCUGGUGGAAGUGGUGUUUGGACAUCCUGCCGACUCGACCCGAUCCUCAGACUGUUUGACUGGUCCACAGGACGGCCGCUACAGGAAGUCGAUUUUACUGUUUUGGUCACUAAAACAUUAGGCCAGGCCUUCCUGACACUCUCCCCUCUCCAGAUCUCGUCUCUCACAGUCAUCUCUGGCCGUCUGUGGGUGGGCACAGGAGGGGGGGCCAUUUUCUCCAUCCCAUUAUCCAUAACAUCAGAGGCUGUUUCCAUCCCAUACUGCUCCAUUUCAUCAGCCCAGCUGUGUUACCACGGACAUAGACAAGCUGUCAGGUUCAUCAUCGCUGCACCUGGUUGUUUGAUCGUCUCUCCUGGCAGCAGCAAUGUCACUUCCUCUCAGCUCAUCCUCAGUGGAGGAGAGGGCUACAUCAACUUACGAAUUGGAGACGAUGCGAAUGAGGGAUCUGUUGAGUUGUCCCAAGCUACACCUCAGCGGUCUGAACGCAGUCACAUGAUCAUCUGGCAGAAUCCCACCCCCUCUGUGCCCAGCUCUGCCCUCUGACAUGGAUCAUCUCCUAGUUCUAUCUUUUUAGGAAUGAGAUAAAGAUGGAGCGGUCAUGUACUGCACACCAGCAAAGCUAGAGACAACAUUGGAAAUGGUGCUUUCAUGGAGAGAGAGAGAGAGUGUGUCUGUAUGUAUGGAAAUGUGGUUUCAUCCUUGUUUACCUUUUUAAUUUUGAACAUCUAUGUUUUGACUGGAUUUUUCUGAUGAAUGUUGAUACCUGACUGUUUGCCUUCAUCUAACUUUAUAUAAUUUAGUUGCGUGAUUGUUGUUAGUUCUUCUUUAUUUUAAUUUUGUUUUACCUUUGCACUAAAAAUGCAUUCAGUUUCCCUGACAUGCAGCUCUUUAUUCCUCCCAGGGGGCACCAGGUCUGUCUGUCCAACAUCUUUUGAUCAUAAAGUUUAACUAAAUAAUGUGGCUGCUCUUGAAGCUGUUGUGUACAUACUUUGUUGUGAACUGGAAAAGGUGUUGGUCUUCUCUCAGUGUACUGUACGGCACAGACAAUGACACUUCUUAUCUCCUGAUGUGGGAUCAUUUAUUUUGAUUGUGAUGUUUGUUCUUCCCCUUCACAUUGCAUAUGGUCUAACUACAAACAGCACAUUUUGAAUGUGUCUGUAUAAAAAAUAUGUGAUAUCCCCUCUUGUAAAUGAACAACUUCAGGGCUUGUUGUCAGAAAUUAUUUAUUUUCUCUGUCAGUUAUCAGCCUCAUGUCUUCGGAUGUCUUCAUUUGUUUUAUGUUUUGAUUUGAUUUCACUAUCUUUUGUAAAAUAAGGGCGAUAAAUUCAUGGUGUCAGUAUUUAUGUGCAAUUACAAGUUUGUGUAUUCAUUGGGUCUCCUUAUGCUUCUUGGAAUGCAAAUUAAGACUUGAGUAUUUGUUGACGCUGAACUUGGAAACAUGAUUAUUGUCAUUAAAAUGUCUUAAAUGGU